AUGGGUGGAGAUCAUCAGAAGACGGCGGAGAAAAGGGUGGUGAAAGGGUGCAUCAAGUCGGGAAAAGGACCAUGGGUGGUUCAGCGGACCACCAAAGACGGCCGUGUCAUCACCAGAUACCGGUUUCCCUCCGACAGGGAGAGGCUGAAGAACCGUGAAAGGGAGAGAAACCGGCGAAAUGUUGCUCGGAAAAUCUUUUCUGGGCUGCGGACUUUUGGAAACUAUCAACUCUCAAAGAACGCUGACACCAUUGAUUUACUGAAAGCAGUUUGUGAAGAAGCUGGUUGGCAUGUUGAAGAAGAUGGGACGAUUUAUAAGAAGAAGGUGUUGCAUGAUGAGGAUGGUGGUUAUUGCACUUGUGAUGACAAGAUGGAUACUUAUAUGGAAUCAAGAUCGAAGAUGCAUCCUCAGAAAGACCAUGAUGAUUUCAAUGUCACACUUUCUCUCACGUUGGCUAGCUAG